CCGCUCAGUCAGAGUCUGCGAGCGCCGCGCGGUAGCGGGACACGAGGAGUCGCCGCGCCGCGAGCAUGGAGGAGGCGGCGGCGGCGGCGGCGAGCGAGGACAAGGCGGGCUACGGCCCGAACGGGCACGCCGAGGGCCCGGCGGCCGAGGGGCGGCGGGGCGGCGGGGCCUGGCUGCGGGGCUGCCGCGGGUUCCUGCGGCGCAACGCGCUGGUGGUGCUGACGGUGUCGGGGGUGGUGGCCGGCGUGGCGCUGGGGGCCGCCGUGCGCGGCGCGGCGCUGAGCCCCGCGCAGGUCGCCUACCUGGCCUUCCCCGGGGAGCUGCUGCUGCGGAUGCUGCGCAUGGUGAUCCUGCCGCUCGUGGUCUGCAGCCUUGUGUCGGGCGCCGCCAGCCUGGACACCCGCUCGCUCGGCCGCCUGGGAGGCAUCGCUAUCGCCUAUUUCCUGGGCACCACGCUGCUCGCCUCCGGCCUCGCCGUGGCCCUCGGCUUCAUCGUCCGUCCCGGCGCCGGAGCCUCCGCGCUCAACACGCCCGGGCUGGGGCUGCCGGGCGCGCUUCCCACCAGCAAGGAGACCGUGGACUCCUUCCUCGACCUCGUCAGAAACCUGUUUCCUGCAAAUCUUGUUGCUGCAGCUUUCCGAACGUAUGCGACAGAUUAUAAGAUGCUGCUCAGAAACACUACCUCUGGAAAUGUCACGUUGGAAAAGAUUCCUGUCGGUACUGAGAUUGAAGGGAUGAACAUCCUGGGACUGGUGCUGUUUGCUCUGGUUUUGGGAGUGGCCCUGAAAAAGCUUGGCCAGGAGGGGGAAGAUCUGAUUCGCUUCUUUAAUUCAUUCAAUGAGGCGACCAUGGUCCUGGUUUCCUGGAUUAUGUGGUAUGUACCUAUUGGCAUUAUGUUCCUCGUUGGGAGCAAGAUUGUGGAAAUGGAAGAUAUUGUGCUUCUGGUGACCAGUCUGGGAAAAUACAUCUUCGCCUCUAUUCUGGGCCACUUCAUCCAUGGAGGGAUCAUUCUGCCGCUUAUUUAUUUUGCAGCCACACGUCAAAAUCCGUAUCGUUUUCUCUUAGGACUUAUCACACCCCUUGCCACUGCUUUUGCCACUUGCUCCAGCUCAGCCACUCUCCCAUCCAUGAUCAAGUGUGUUGAGGAGAACAAUGGGGUCGACAAGAGGAUCAGCAGGUUUAUCCUUCCUAUUGGGGCCACUGUAAACAUGGAUGGAGCUGCUAUUUUUCAGUGCAUGGCAACUGUGUUUAUUGCUCAGCUGAACAACAUCGACCUCAACCCUGGGCAAAUCUUCACCAUUCUCGUGACAGCCACUGCCUCCAGCGUGGGAGCAGCCGGGGUCCCUGCCGGAGGAGUCCUCACCAUCGCCAUCAUCCUGGAGGCCAUCGGGCUGCCCACCAACGACCUCUCCUUGAUAUUGGCCGUGGACUGGAUUGUGGACCGAACCACCACAGUUGUGAAUGUGGAAGGGGAUGCCCUAGGAGCAGGCAUCCUUAAUUACCUGAAUGAAAAAGACAAGAAAGACAGAGAGCAGGAGCUAAAGGAAGUCACCGUAGAAGCAAUUGCCAACAACAAGUCUGAAACGGAAACGUCACCUUUGGUAACCCACAAAAACCGAGUCUCCAACACAAGCAGUACAGCAGACCCUGAAUCCAAGGAAUCAGUAUUGUGAACUCGAGGCCGUUCGUCAAGACCUGUCCUAGAGGUGGCCCCGGGGACUUGUCAGCACACCGGGACAUUUGCAGUGUGACCAGGGGCUGGAUGGCUCUUGGAAGUGCUCAAUUCCUGUCUGUUUUGAAAAUAUGCUGGCCUGGGGAAGGGGAGGGAAGGUGGGGUGGGCAGGGAAGGGAUGUUGAGAAGGAACACUCGCUUUAUAUAUUAGUAUUUUGCUAGUUCACAUGUGUGUAUAUGUGUUGUACGUGCACACACAUGUAUACAUGUAUGUGAAAACUGCCACUGAGACUUCUGGUUUAACAAGACUUCUGCUAGCAAAGGCUCAUACAGGUUGGAGAGGGGGAGGUAGACAAACCCAGUAUGUGCUUAUUGUAGGGAAAAAUUAGAAAGCUUAUUUUGCUGCUGUUUGAAUGGAGAAGCAGUCUAGAAACUCCAGAGUGGGUGAAAAUGUUGCUUAAAUUUAUUUUCUGGCCUUACCAACCAUUACAGUCAUGAUAUGAAGCAACAUUUUUUUCCCACUCCCCUUCCUCUCCUCUUCUCCGAUCCCUUAAAAAUGUCAAAUGUCUUUAUAACUAGCUUUUUUCUUUUUUUUUUCAUAUCUGAAUUAAUAGCUUAUAGGGACUUGUUCCAUUUCCCCACUGCAGUACAGCUCAUAGCAGCUUUCUGACCUUUUGGUGAGUAGCUCCCAAACUUUAGGACCAAACAUAGGAGAUCUUCAUGCAGAUCAAGGAUUGGUUUUCUACUUUCCUCUAACCAAGUGUUAAGGAAAAAAUCCAGAGGAAACAGAAAUUUUGUUAAAGUAAUCCCUCAGGGGCUGAAAGAAAUGUAGAGUCUGUUCCAGCAUAAAUAUGUCUGAAAGAGGGUUGCCUGUGACAACAUCAGUAAAUUCAGAAGUCAGCUCUCUUCAUAAAAACACAGAUGGUCCUCUGCUAGCACACCACGUCCUGCUCAUGUUUAUUUAACGGGUCAGUCCAAACAAAUUAAGUCAUGUCCCUCUUCCAGCAAAAUUGAGCAGGGAAGGAAAAAAUUUGAACACACAUCAUGUGGGAACUGAUGACAGGCAAGUCUGAGUCUUGGCUUGAAAGGAGAAGAGAUGAGUUUAUAACCUCAAGCAGUUCAGUGAUCUCUGUGUGCUGGGGCAGCUGCCUACCUGUUCCUGCUUGGAGUUUGGUCCUGCUAUAAAUGUUCUUCUGGCAGCAGUUUACAUUUAGUAAUUCUGGGCGGUGCUGGGCCAGGGUAGUGCUUAGUGGCAGAUGGCAACCUUUGCUGGGGGCUGUGCCAAAUGCUUUGGAUUCCCACUCCACCUUUUUUCCUGUACAAUGUUCUUCCUGAAUUUACACCCCAAACCUGAACAAAGUCUGGCAAACUCAUUGCAAAUAUCCUGUUGAUUACCUUGGCAUUUUGGAUGCCAAUAGUUAGCCUGGUCUUGUGGAUGUUUUCCCUUGGCUACUUUAAUAAGAGGUUGCAUAUGGUCAGUCUCCAUACUGUUAAUUCAGCAGUAUAUAUUUACACUUAGCUUUGGUAUAAAGUAAUGCUAAGUCUCCCUUUUUCUUUCUCCUCUCUUGCUUCAGAGGAAGCUAUCCUGGAAAGAUAUCAGCACUAGGAAGAGGCAACUCCAAUUUCAUAGCAGGAGCUGCCUUCCUUUGCAAAGCAUCCUCCCUGGUAAAGGGACACAAUGAGUUUUGCAGGAUGAGAUGUGGCCACCCCUGAGGGGAAACGCAGUGAGUGCACCAUGCCUGGCUGGUUAAUCUUGUGCAGCAGAGUUGUACAGACAAUCCAAGUAGGAAAGGAUUAGUCAGCCCACUGAGAAACUGCAGGUGGAGUCUCUUUUUAACCAGUUUAUUUAUAACCAUGUCCACAAAAUUUGGUCAGUCCUUGGCUCGUCUUCAAAAUGGAAGGAGAUAAACACAGUUCUGUAGGGACAUCCUUCGCCCAGCCGAUCAAGCCCCACUGGAACUUUGCAUUUCCUCCUAUUAGAAUCAUUCCAACUCUUUUCAUCUCCGGAAACCAAAAGCACAGUUUUAAGUCUGAGUAUCUCUUUGAAAAAUCUAAAUGCACUGGAACCCCAAAUACUUUGAUUUUUAAAGCAGUAUGUGGAUGUCUCAAGGAAGCUGAAAAUCAUGACUGUUCCCUGUGGGCUGGGUUCUGUAAUUGCAUUUUAUUCCCCAGUAGACAUUUAACUCCUCUGCUCUUGUGAGACUCCCUGGAGUACUGUGUACAGUUCUGGUGCCCCCAGCAUAGGAAGGACAUGGAACUGUUGGAGCAAGUCCAGAGGAGGGCCACAAAAUCCAGAGGAGCACCUCCCCUACGAAGAGAGGCUGAAAAAGUUGGGGCUGUUCAGCCUGGAGAAGGGAAGGUUGUGUGGAGACCUCAGAGCAACCUUCCAGUAUGUGAAGAGGACCUACUGGGAAGCCAGAGAGGGACUCUUUGUCAGGAGCUGUAGUGACAGGACAAGGAGUAAUGGGUACAAACUGAAAGAGGGGAAAUUUUAGGUUAGAUACUAGAAAGAAAUUUUUUACUGUGUGGGUGGUGAGACACUGGAACAGGUUGUGGAUGCCCCAGUCUGUCAGUGUUCAAAGCCAGGAUGGACAAGGCCUCGAGCAACCUGGUCUAGCGGGAGGAUCCCAGGAAAUGGUAGAUUAAAGCAAAUACCCCAGAGUCUUAGUAUUUUCCAAGAGCAAUGCAGCAGCUCAAAGUCUUUGCUGAACAUCUCUCCCAGUCCCUACUGGUGGAUUGCCACGUUUGCUUUGAUGGGAAUGUCUAGUUCCAUGUAAAGCUUGUUAGAGCAGUCAGAUUUAAGGAGGUCAAAUCAUUCUCAUAGCAGGAAUUUGAUGAAGGAAAUCUGACACUCCUUCUCCUGCAAACAGGUGCUAUAGGAUUUAUAUGAACCAUGAAUAUUCAGCUCUUAACCUGCCAGAAAUCUGUAGUCUUGGAAAAGCCCUACUUUAGACUUACAAAUUUGCCAGUUCUUUUGUUGUUUGUGCACAAGAAGAGGGAUCCGUGGAAGCAGGAAUGCUGGGUAACUACCGCUUGUCAGAACAUCUUUUUUUGGUAUUUUUUGUAUCAUUUGUGUCAGAAUUUACAUUUCUUAUUUUUCUGUGAUGUUCUCAUUCCUCACGAUAGCCAUGAUGCAUCUUCUAGGAUUCUCUACCUGGAUUUUUUUUCUUACGGUACAAGUGUGAAAGAUCCAAUAUUAAACUCUCUCAGACUGUAAAAAAUGUUAACACAUUCCAACGACUGCCAUUGAAACAAUGUGAAUCCUGAUGGAAAGCCUGAUGAGAUAAAAGACUUGCCAUUUGCUUCAAGUGGUCAAGGUCUUCAGGUAAGGGCACUGGGAGAAAAAUCAAAGGGCUGUUGAGGGAUGUGCAUUUUAGAUUCUGUUCUUGACCUGCCAUGCAAGGUCUCCAUGCAGCCUCUUUCCAGGAGGCUGUGAGCUGGGAAGGUGCUCAGCAGCCAUGCAGGUAGUACCUGCUCUGUUCUCACCCAGACACUCCACAAAUCUGGUGCCAGUGUGGUACUAAACUCCAAUGUCUCUUGGCUGGACAUAUAUUUCUGUUCUCCUGACGUGACUGUAAAUUGGAAACCUUUAGUCAGUUGCUUUUUCUUUCAAGAAGAAAUAAAUUUCAUCUAGAAAACACAAUUUUUCUAUUUGAUUUUAGUUUUUUUGUUUGGGUUUUGGUUUUGUUUUUUUUUUUACGGAAGGUACAAAUUCUCUUCUUAGAAAAGGAGGCUACAAACACCUCAUGUCCUAUCCUCUAGUACAGGAACUGCUUUUUGAGAGAGAGAUGGAAAUCACAUGGUGUGGUUCUUGGGGUGUCCUGCACAGGGCCAGGAAUUGUACUUGAUGAUCCCGAUGGGUCCCUUCCAACUCAGCAUAUUCUAUGAUUCUAUUAAGUAUUGAAGAGAAGAUUCUGCAAGCCUCUGGCAUAUGCAAUCACACUUUGUCUCUGAUGCCAUUUAUUCUUCCACUUUUGCAUUCUCUUUUUUCAGUGAAGUUUCUUUGACUGUUUUGAACCAUCUUUUAUUUCUUCUCCAGGAUUUGACUUUUCACUCUGUGCUUCAUCCAUCACUGCCUGAUCUCGUCCCAUUUCCUGGAAUACCCUAUGUUCUUUUUAUGUUUCAGUGGCUCAGGAAUAAAUGGGAGAGUGAACAGAGUUUUGAGGGCUCCAGUUUGCAUUCUACCUUGCUCCUGUCCGUAGCUCAGCAGAGGUUUGUGAGCCUUAGUAGUAAACAGUUGCUCUGAGGCUGCAGAGCAAUAUCUGUCUCUCAGACUGAGAAAGGUGCUUGUUCUGUGCUGCAAGAUGUGGCUACAGAUGCCUGAAAAGUUGUAGGGAGCAAUGGAGGGUGCCAGCACUUGGCUGCCAUUGGGAUAUUUUCAGUGAAGACCCAUUAUUCCUCGGAACUGAGCUUUUGCUGAGUCUUGGUGUUGGUAAUUGCACUACAAAAUUCAGUAAUUGCAAUGGACUUUAAACACUUCUGGGGAUGUCUCUUGCAAUCAGGAUGGCUUUUGUGUUGAGAACAGACCAGGGCCAAUCCCAGGGCUUCCCCUGCAGGGAUGUGAUGAACAGGACUGUGUUCUGUGGACAUAACAGAGAUGUGGAGCCAGCCAAAGUACCAAAUCUGUUGGUGAAACAAUCUCUGCUUUGUCUUUUCUGGGCAGCCCUGUUACUGUCUGAAGAGGCUGAGCUGGAGGUGGCAAGAGUUUGGGGGGAUGCUAUGAGGGGCAGGAGGGUUUCUUGUGUGCUUGCUCUGUUCCUAAACUCUCCCCUGGGCCUUUGCUGUGGCUGGUGCCAGAGAUGAAUGUGAGACAGUGUCACCAUUCUUAGACUCAUUCUUCUGUGGUUCCUCCUUAUUUUACAGCAAGAAUAAUGAAAACUUGAGGUGUUUAGCAGUUCCUCUUUCAGCCAAGCCAGAGGCCCUGGCAUCUCUGUGACUGACCACCCUACCAUAUGUUGUAGGCUGUGUUCUCAAGAGCUUGCAAAAGGGAUACCACCACCUCUUUCUGCAAAGAUUUGCAGUAUUGGUCAACAGUCUGGGCUAAAUCUUCACUCUGGUUCUCUGCUAACACAGCGAGUUUCUGCAGCCACUGGAAAGCCACUGGAAAUCAUCAUUUUUAAUCCUGACCUCCCCACAGGCAGUGAGCAGUGAGCCUCAGGUAUGAAGUCAAAAGACCAAAAGACAAACUCUCACCAAAGGAAAAUUGUCACAUCUUCACUGAUUUUAGCAGGGCCUUGGCAGUUCAUAAUCACUCACAGACCUGCCUGUAUUGACUGAUCCUGAUGAACAGCACAGAAUUAGCAGGUCACAUAAAUUCUAUACCUGUGCCUCCUUUUCUGUGAAUUAGCUUUACAGGUGUACCUGUAUCUCACAGGCAGUAGUGUGGAAGAUAGUGAGUUGCAGUGUUUGGAAAGCACUCCUAAGACACAGAGCACUAAAUCUCAAAUAAUGAUGAACUUUCAAAAAUCCGAAAGGAAUCAAAUAAUGAAAGUAUGCAGAGUUGCCUUGUGCUAGAGGAUAAAUGACUGUGAUGGAGAAGAGAUCUGUGUAUGCAUUUGCUGGGCUAACUCAGGGGGAGUGGGGAGCUGAUGUCAGUGUGAGCUGCAGUUCAAAAAGUGGAUGUGACUUAGUCAAGGACAACACAGUGUCCUGUUCUAUCUGCCUCCUUCCAUCUCCACCUGACAUGCCAUGAAAGCUUAGGCUCAGGUAAAUUAACAGACAUCACCAUGGAUUCAACAUCUAAAUUGGGAGUCUUGACAGCUUAGUUUCUGUCUCGUUUCAAUGAAAGAAAGAGCUUUUCAACUAAAAGAACAGGUUGUCUUGUUGUCAAUAUGGGUGACAAAGGUGGAGAAAAAGAAGGAAGAGCUUGGGGGUUGCAGGGGGACCAUCAGAGAAGACAGGGUAAGCAGGAGGAUAAAGAAGUUAAGACCUGAAGGAAGCGUGUUUCUCUUGGCAUUUUGAUAUAGAGAGAAGCAAAAAGACUGCGGGCAUUUGCCUGCCAUGUAGCAGAGAAUGCAAAUCCCUGCCUGCUGCCUGGCCAGGAUUUGCAGGGAGAGGCAUGAGUGCUGAUGUUUCUGAAAUGCCUCGUCACUGAGCAACAGGGAAGCAUGCAGUGAGCCAGCGUGGAGCUCUGAUAAGCUGCUCCUGGCUGCUGGCCAUGACCAGAGGAAUAGCAGCACAGUUCUGGAUCAGGGAUUGACCCACAUUCCUCUUUGCAGGAUAGCUGGGACAAAUGCUCCUCAGAGAAAUGCCUGGUGACCAUUAUUCUCCGAGGACAAAGACAAACUUGUUAUCUGUGUGAGCAUAUUCAUGAAAGCCAUGUUCACUUGCUGUUUCAGCUUCUGGCAGGAGGGAAAAGGGUUUGACAAAUGAUCUGAAACUUUUUCCAGACAUUGGGCAACACGUAAAGACAGUUGCUUCUGAAUAUUUUAACUCUGACAAUAAGUGAUCAAGAGCCUUAUUUGGCUCCUGUAGCUCUUCGUUGUCACAUCUGAGCACUGUCUUGGGAAGUUAAUGUUAACAUGGAAUUCAUUCUCUGCAUGGGCUCUUUACAGGCAUUUAUGACCAGCAGGCACCAGUUCACAGCUGCACAAGUGAAUGCAUGCAGAAAAAGGUGAAAGAAUGCUCAUCUUGAGUCAUGUGAAGAGUCACCAAGCAGGCUAGGAGCAGAUCCUGAAUCCUGAAGCCAGGUUCAUUGUUAGCUAAUAACUAUCAUCUCCCUAAAAAAAGUAACAUCUGGGGUUUUAUAUAUAUUUUUGAUUUAGUAUGGAGUUUUGAAGAGAAAAGGAAAAAGAAAACCUCUUUCAUUCAAGAAUUGACAGUAUGGUUACUUACCAAAUUCUAUCUCAGUGUCAGCAGAUAUAUCAUUCUUAACAACUAUGAAAUCUCAUUUGGAUUUAACCUGAUCUCAGUGGCAGCAGGAGGUGAGGACUGUGGUCAUUUCAGCAGGCCAGCUCAUCUUAUAUAAAGUCCUGAUCAAGAACAUUCAUACUUGUCUCUCAAGGCCACAGAUGCUGUUUGCAAGGCAGGCAGGGCGACCAGCAAGAACCAGCAUGAGGAAAUUAAUUUUGAGCCAACUCUGUUGUAAUGCAAAGUUAACAGUGUGGUUUUAAGCCACAGAGACCAAGAAAUUCAGUAUUAGAUGUUCCUUAGGAUAGCUUUCACUUGCUCCUUCUGGUAACAGUGCUGAGAAAGUAAUACCCUUCUUUGACAAGCGUGUAUUUAGCAAUUGGAACUAAACUGCAUGUGGCAUGUCAGUGCAACUUCAUUGCAGUUACACACUGCAGAAAGAAAUUUCUAAGGGAAAUCUUCUCUCAAGGAAACUGUUUACACAUGCCUGAAUCCCCCUGGAUUACAUUCCCACAGAAAGAAUUGUGCUUAACCAUAAAAAGUACAGCAAAUAUUAAGUGGUUUGGAUGGGAGCUUUGUUAAGAACCAGAAGGAAUGCCACAAAAAGGACAGGCCAGGAACUUCGCUGAUGUACACUGAUGUAAUUUCCUGAGCUUUCAGUGGCUUGUGGACUUCUGAUGGAGAUGGUACUUCCUUAGCAGCAUAGGGGUUUGGGUUUGGUCUGGGCCUUUUAAGAUGAUCAUAUUUGGUAAAGCAGCAGUAAAGGAAUGUUUUUAAAACUUGUUGGAUAUAAUUAGAGGCAUUUUACAUGCUCACGGUUUUCUUAUGAUGUGGUACCUCCAAAAAGAAAAAAAGUGUUUUCUAGAUGGUUGGUGUUGAUGCAAAAGGAAAACUUCCUCAACUUUUGUUCAGUUUGCUUCCUCUGUAUCCCUCCUGCAGAGUCUUUUGUGCUGCUUGGAGUCUGCCCAGAUCCCAGCAGGCUCCUAGGGUACAUAGAUCAAACUUAAAGAUAUUCUGGUCCCAUGUGAGGACAAAGACUGUUUCACAUCAUUUUAUGAGAGGGCAAAGAUGUAGUUUCAGCUUCAGAGGAGCAUCUGGACUGAACAAAUCCCUACUUCAUUAAGGCAAUACAUUGAUGACAUUUUACACUUAAUAAGUCAAAUAAUUGUGACCAAGGUAGCCCAGCCCUGACUGCCUCCCUGCUCUGCCCCACAAUAGAUGCUCUGUUGACAUCUCUUGCCUGAAGACCAGUGUGGAGGUGAUAUGUUUGCCAUCCAUGAGUAUUCCAUUCUUUCUCUGUUACUUUCCUGGCUGCACUUGUGUCAGGUCAUCCACAAAGCAUGUGCUGUAGGGGACGGAGACCACGUGUAGCGCUGCAAAUAGCUGAGUGUAGCUCUGCUCAUGGGGGAUGAGCUGCUUCUUCUGAAUUGCUGCUUGGUUAUAGCAAACUGAGACUGACUCACUCACGUUUGGUGAGGGUGAAGAUUUUGAUUAGGUUUUCAUUAAUCCCUCUAGAUUCAAGGGUAGCAGGACCACCCCUGCCUACUUGGAGUCCCCUUCUGCAGCAGAGGUAUGCAAUCUGCCUUAUUAUCCUUAAAGGUGCCUUGUCCUGGUUCCCUUCAGGACAAAUUCCAAGUUGCUGUUUGGCUUUCAAAUAUAACUAUGCACCAAAGCUGAAAGACUCCAUUAUCCCUGGAGACAGGAGGGAGAACAUGAUGUCCUGGUGUGAGACCAUGAUGUCCUGGUGUGAGACGAGGAGAGUGGGUUUCUUUUCUUUAUCCUGUAAGCUCUCUGACAGCAAUCCUGAGGUGUGUAUGUGUGUGUGUGCUUUUAUUUCUACAAGAACACAAGUUCUCUAAUUAGGAGGGAGGAUUCUUGUAUUUUUAUAUGCUAAACCAUUUGAUUAAUUACUUUAAUAAAAAGACAGAGGAACUCUGAAAUCCACUGCCAUCUGCUCCAGUACAGUCCAGUAUCACUGAUACAAACGUAUCUGCCUUCGGGUUAAAACCUAGUGCUUAAGAGUAACCACUCCAUUGAGGAAGUGCUUGUGCCAUGUGGGUGUGUUGAUCCUUGUCAACAUCUGUAACUGUUCCUCUUUUAAAGCUGUGGGUUUCAUCUGUGUGACUCUGUAUCAGCCUUCUAUUACCAAGAACAGACGUAUGUGCACAUAUGCAAAGACCAUAUUGCUGUGUCUGGGGGUGUGUGACGCUGGGGCAGAUAUUAAAGAUGUUUAUUAUGUAGUUUACUUUUUGGAGUAAAACCCCCCUGCCUGCCUGGGGAGCAAACAGUCCCGUGGCUCAGGCUGGGAUGGUUUGUUGUAUUAGGAGGGUGACGCAAUGGGAUACUGUCUCUCUUUUUCCGUUCUCUCAUGGAAAUGUAUAUUUGUUCUCUCUUUGUGUAGCUUCUCAAUCUGAAAUAAAAAUCACCCCAAACGGAA